CCGAGGAGGAGGAGGGAAGGUCUCCUCGGCGGGCCUCCCGGUUCCUUCCGAGGCUGAGGGAGCAGAAGGCGCCGCUCCGGAGCGCUCCGUCCCGAAGCUCCCCUCGGAGUAAAUCAGACGGGGCCUACUUGGAGGAGAGACUGUGCAGGCUCAGUUCUCAUCUUGAGAUGGAAGGCUAGGCCUUGGUGGUUCAAGCAGAAGUCCUGAAGAACAGGAGUUGCUGUGCCCAUUUCCCCAGCAGGUUUGGCAGCAUGUUCCAGCUGCCGCUCCCUUUGGACCGGGACGGGAUCCUUUUCCGGCUCCGUUUUACCACCCUGGCAGUCGGGACCGUGUGCUUCCCACUUUUUGGCUUCCUCUUCUGUGUCAUCUGGUCCCUGUUCUUUCACUUUGAUGAAACCACUGCCACCCACUGUAAUGUCCCCAACUAUCUCCCGUCCAUCAGCUCUGCCAUUGGUGGGGAGACCCCCGAGCGCUACAUGUGGCGUUUCUGCAUCGGGCUGCACUCUGGGCCCCGCUUCCUCGUGGCCUUUGUCUACUGGAGCCACUACCGCGGCUGCCACUGCACGCACCCGCGGUACCUCCGCCUGUGCAACGCGGCCUUCGGCCUCAACCUGCUAGAGAACACGGCCCUCUUGCUGCUGACCUACGUCUCCUCCUCGGAGAACUACCUGAUCCACGAGAACGCCUUCAUCCUCUUCAUAGCUUCGGCCCUCAGCCACAUGUUCCUGACUUGCAUUUUGUGGCGAAUGACUAAGAAGCACGCAGAGCGCAAGUCCUACAAGUGGAAGUGGUGGCUGUUCCUCUUCAACCUGGCCACGUUCUCAGUAGCCGUGUACUUCUACUUCCGCCACAACUGGUACUGCGAGCCCGGAGUUUACACCAUCUUUGCCUUCUUGGAGUACCUGGUGGUUUUCUCGAACAUGGCCUUCCACAUGACUGCAUGGUGGGACUUUGGCAACAAGGAGCUGGUGGUCAGUUCCCAGCCGGAAGACAAACGCUUCUAGCAAAAGCCUGCCUUUGAGCUGAGGGAGCGCCUCUGGAUUUCUUGCAAGCAGGAGCAGCAGCCCGCUUGCCAGCAUCGGAUCCUUCCCCAGGACAUUUCAGAAGGGGCACCUGCGACUGGACUGAAAAGAACCAGUGGGCCCCGUAGGAACUGGGGCCCUGCCAUCAUAUGUCUGGCAGCAGAGCAGGAGGUAUGGGCUGGUUGACGGGCCUUUUGAUCAAUGGGACACCUUUUUAAAAGUAAAAACAAAACUCAGAAUGUGCUCUGCUGCCAACCCAGGGCAGGGGCCAAACUGGCCCUGGACUAGCCCACUGGGGCUGUGUGUUGUGAUGGUGGCAAGUCCAGCGGCUCUUGAAGGCAGAGAUUCCUUGCCCAGAUCUGGGACUUGCCUGAAGGAGGUCAUUGUGGCUCCUUUUCCCACCUGGCCCUUAGCAGGAACGCUGAGUGGUUGCAGCCAGUCCUUUUUCCCAGUGGGGUAGAGGGGAGUGUCUCUCUCUGCCUCUGUAAACGGCAGCCUGGCCUCCUUCCGUCUCCUUCCUUCUCCCGCGUGGGGCUUUCCUGCUGCCCAGUGAGGUCCAGCUCUAUGACAGAUGCCUGUCACUGAGGUGGGCCAAAGUGCCAAACCCUGGGAGUGCCUGGACUUUAGAAAUAAAAUGGGGCUGGCGGGGAGGGGGUCUCUCUUCCCCUCCCCUUUCCCAGCUUCUGCACUGAAGUUCCCUAAAGCGAGUUAUGCAUAUUCUGCACAUUGGAACAAGUUCUGCGUGGUGUCAGCACCCCCUUGCAGCCCCCGGGAGCUAAUGAUCUCUGCCUAUCUGCUGCUGGAGCUUCUCUGUCCUUGAGAAUUCACAGACCCUUCCCCCAAAUUCCUAGAAACCUCAGGCAGGUGGAAUUCAGUUGCUCUGGACUGA